AACUCUAUUCAUUCUGUGGCUGUUACACAGGUGCGCGUUCUUUUCUGUACUGUUCUGUGUUUUUUUCUUUUCAAUACGUUUUGUUGUUCUUCGUUUCGCAUCACUGAGAAACUUAGUUGUAUAUUCUUUUGUGUUUGUCAACGUGGAUUUGGUAAUUUACAAAGUUUUCGUAAAAAUAACCGUGAAACUUGAUAUACUUGUCCGUCGGUGAACUUUCCUAUUUCAAGUUUAAAUAGAUUUUGAUGUGUGAAAGGAACAAGUGAAUUUGGACUGUUUUUUUCUCGUUUCUGGAGUGGUCAGAUUGUCUGUGAUCAAAUUAUCUCGAUCUGACAUGUGUUUUGGAUAUUUGAGAAGUACCUGAGGAUAGUGCGAGAAAAAAUUAAGUUAAUCAUUGCCUCGGAUGAUCAAGAAUCGAAAAAAUACUUAAAAAAAGACACAUUACCUAACCAUACCGAAAACAAAAAUGACAUUUCUUGUGAUAUUACAGUGAUAUAUUUAUUAUAGUUAUAAUAUUUAUUAUCUAGUCAAUGUGCAUAGACAUUUUAAGCGGUAUGGGAAUAAAAACAAUGAAGGCUUUCAGCAGGCAAAAAGAUAUUCCCACACAAGUGCCGCCGCUGACGCCUGGCACGAACAAAACUAUGGCAGAGGCGCUGAAAGCGUCUUUUGCUUCAUGGGAAAAAGAACAGAUUAGAUUAAAUAUUACCAAAGAUCCUAGACAGUGGAGUGAGAAUCACGUAGCCCAUUGGCUGCAAUGGGCCGCUAAGGAAUUUUCGUUAGACUGUAUACCCCUUAAUCAAUUCCGAAUGAAAGGUAAAGAUAUUUGCGCUAUGGGCAAAGAUGCGUUUUCGGCUAGAGCUCCGGCUUUCGUAGGCGAUAUUUUAUGGGAACACCUAGAGUUACUGCAAAAAGAUGUGGAGAAAGAAAGAGCUUUGAAUAGCCUUUACGAGCCAAUGUGUGUUCCCGAUUUAACGUAUAUUGAUUAUACGCAAGCGCCCACCACCUUACCUCCAACGGGGGAAGAUAGAAAACCAAUUCAAUUGAACCCUCCAACUUCACAAAAUACCUCCACUACGCCAUCUAAUAAUAACUUUUUACACGAAGGAGUUUACGGCCAGUUAAGGAGUCCUGCUUGUCCACCUCCUCAAGAAGAUUUAAGGGAUGAUGGAUCUCCGCCACCGGGUGGCCCGCCUUCAAGUUAUCUCCAACAAUUACAGAGGAGCCCAGGUUAUCAUCAUCUCAAAGAUGGUUAUAAGGGAACGUGUCCGCCCGGUACAGAUUCGUCGGGGGGUAAUUUCGGAACAAUAGACAAUAGCCUGCAAUCGUUAAGCAACGACGAUGGAUCGCACCUUUUCCAAACCCCUCAUUUUUCCCCGGAAGAACACGAAUAUCAAGCGUUGGACAACCACCAGCAACAAUAUUUAGAUAAUUCUCCAGAAUUCUAUGCCAAUCAUAUAUUAGAACAAAAAUAUAAUCCGCACAGUUAUGUUAAGAAUUACGUAAGAGGUGCUGGAACCAGAUUUAACGACGCUUAUCCAGAUACGUACGGAACUCCAUACGAUACAAGUCCCUUCCAAACGGUGCCCAGUGGUGCUAAUAGUGGUCCCGAGCAAUGGGGACAUAACCACGAUCUAUCUUUAGGACAUCAUCCUCAUUCGCAUCCGGCUUUUCUCUCAGCGGGAAUGACGAGAGAUCAACUAAAUGCCAUGCAGGAUACCAAACCGAUGAUCCAGAACGGUAUGGUUACAGGAUAUCCUGGUAAUCCUGGUACUGGAGGACCAUGUUUUACUGGGUCCGGACCGAUUCAGUUAUGGCAAUUCCUCUUAGAACUUCUUACCGAUAAGUCUUGUCAGGCGUUCAUCUCUUGGACGGGCGACGGAUGGGAAUUCAAACUUACCGAUCCCGAUGAGGUCGCUAGGCGAUGGGGUAUUCGGAAAAACAAACCGAAAAUGAAUUACGAGAAAUUGUCGCGUGGUUUACGUUAUUAUUAUGAUAAGAACAUCAUACACAAGACUGCCGGUAAACGUUACGUUUAUCGAUUCGUGUGUGAUCUUCAGACGUUGUUAGGGUACACUCCCGAAGAGCUGCACGCUAUGGUGGAUCUCAAACCCGAAAAAAAAGAAGACGACUGAAUCCUUACAUAAUCUAAGAAUUGCAUUCAAAAGUCGAAAACAGCAUUAAUCAAAUGAACGUUAAUGCCUUCCGUAUUGUAUUUAGAUACGACAAUUACGUUAUUUACAAUGUUCCAAAUAUGAGUAUUUUUUUUUCUAAGAAAAUACGUUUUAUUAGAGCCAUUUAGGGGACGCCACAAAAAAAAUUCCUUUACGAACAAAUACGUGCAAAAUGUCAAUUAUAUGUCGAUAUAUUAUAUAUAUAAAUAUAUUUUUUAAUCCGUGCCAUUGUUUUCAGGAUACUCCAAAUGCUUGCGAAACAUAUUUUUUUUAAAGGAUUUUAAAAACAACGUAUCCUAUUUCUUUUUUGGAUCAGCUUGUGUGAAAUAAUGUGGUUGAUCGGGUGUUUUGCAAGCAACUAAUUCUAAAAUUCUUAUUUUCAAAUUUUUAUACAAAUCUUUUUAUAUUAUACACAGAAAGAAAAAUAUUUUUUUAAUAGUAGAAGUAAGUGUGAUAAAAAAAUUGACAACAUAUAUUGUUAUUAUGAAAAUAGAUAAUUUUCCAAUUGGCCAUAAUUACUUCAAGUUAAUUAAUCUUUUGUUAGAAACAUCGUUAUCGGUAUAUUAUGGUCAAUAAUGUCCCGAAUAAUUCUCCUCCCCUACAUGCACAAAUUCAAUGAUAUCAAUCAACAAAUGUGUGAUUUCUAUGAUAAUAAAUUAAACUUAAUUUUUUUUUUCGUUGAAAUAAUGUAUAGUGUCACCUUGUUAGGUGUUUUUUCUUUUCGAAAAUAUCGAGAAGAUGAAACACCUUGUAAAUAUUAUUACUAUUGUGAUAAGUCUAUUGAAUCAAAGUUUAUAUUGUGAAGAUGAUAAUUUUUUGUGAAAAAUAUAUGUUGGCAGUUCAGAAAUUUAAUGAAUUUCCUUUUUUUAAAAAAAAUUAUUGACAAUUAUAGAAGCUACGCCUGCGAAUAGAUAUUUAUUCGAAUAAACGAAAAAAAUUUAUGGAAUAUCUUAGUUAAAUUACACUAGUUUUUUAAGUAUCAAAAAAGAAAAAAUGAAAUGAUUUAAUGGGUUUCUGAGUGGUACAAAAAAAGGAAACCUAUUUUUCAUUUUCUUGUACAAAAAUAGUCAAAUUUAUUAUAAUAUUAGAAUUCUAUACCAAUAAAAUAUCUUUUAUUCAUUUAAAGAGAUAAAAGUGCGAUUUUCAUCCCCGUUUUUGGGAAUUGAAGUGAUCAACGAUAAGUAGUAAAGGUGACUGCUACUGACAAAAUCGUAUUUCCUAAUUUCUAAAUAUGCUAUAAACAAAAUAUUUCUUAAAUUUGAAAGUUUCAGUUAUAUCAUCUAUGUUUAUUAAGUUGGAGGAUUUGUAACUCUUGGUGAUAUUCAUACUGAAAACACUAUUUACACCACCACUACACCAACACUCACAAUUGAAGACAUGAGUUGAUAAAGGUGCUAUGUCCACUUUUUAAAGUUUUGAGUAAAUGAGGAAAACGCGUUUCAACUCGGAACUUUUUUACAAAAUCAAAAUUUUACAAUCAAUACAAACAGUAUCUCAUAAGGUCGGUAUUUGUUUGUACUACUUAGCUUGUUAUUUUAUAAUCAAAUAAACUUUAAUGAUUUAUAGUUAUUUUGAUUUUGAUGGACAUAGCACUUUUAUCAAUUAACAUCUAAAGCGAGUUAUACUAUUUAUUUUAGUGGAUAGAGGAACUAUGUUGCUUUUGAUUUGAAAUAACUUUGAAAAUCACUAUAUUGAAAUAAAUUUUUAUUUCUUAUGAAACUAAACAAAACACAAGUUGACACAAAGAAACUUAAAGCCUAAUAGGUCUUCCGAUUUUUCUUAGGGUUUUUUUUUUAGUUUCUUCCAAAACAAUAUCAAAGUACCAUCUGUAAUCUGUUGGGAUGAAUUUCAGUUGAUCUUGCAGAUUCGAUAUCUUUUCACUAGUGAGACCACCGCAUUUAGAUAACUUCUGUAAAACCACUUUUUCAGCUUGUACUACGGUUUCCUUUUUUUCUGCAAAUCGACUUCCAUAAAUGGACCGAAUGGGUCUAAAUUAGUUUCGUAAGAGUAUUUGCCAAAUUCAUUCACUCUAAUCCAUUUGACCUUAUCGCGGAAGUAUAUUUUUUGAUUAAGCGUAUUGGUCACUUUUUUGUAUAAAUGGAGUUUGGCUGGAAGUGUUUCAAAAUCAUAGAAAAAAUGUUCCAUAUUGAAACACAAACUGGUACUGGCAGAUUUUAUUAUUUCCCGAUAUUGGUCUGGUAUAUAAAUAUUUUGGUGUUUCCGAAGAACUUUCUCAAUUCGUCCAAAGUCUCUAUCUGAAUCUAGGUAGCUGUGGCCAACCUCAGGAAAUUUGUGAUCGAUAAUUUUGAAGCCAUUAUUCAAUAACAAGUAUUGGUAGAGGCUUAUAACAGAAAAGUUUUUGUUUUGUCCCCCACAUUGAUCUGACCAAAUUAUCAAAUGCUCUAUCUAUGCAUUUUCUUCUUGUAAAGUAACUUGCAAAAUCGAAGUAAACAACUUGCAAUUUCAUUGCUGCCUCUAGUGGCGAUGUCUUCAGUCCAUGUGAAAAAAUAGGAUUUGUGUCCUGAACUAGUUAUACAGUGGAUGCCAAAGUUGUACAGCCACAUUUGCCUCAAAUAAAAUGAUUUAGACGUUGAUAACUUUGGUGGUGGCAUUGUUUGUUGGAGGUCCAUUGUAAUGUAACAUUUUUCUUUAUCAACAACUAUAACUUCUCGGUCAACUUUCUGCAAGGCGAAGGCAAAUUGGAAAUUUUCGGUGUGCUCUGAGGUAUUUUCCCCAGCAUCGCAUAUACUGCAAGUAUCGCUUUUCGGGGCACCAAAAGACAAAUUAAACUUUGUUUCGAAAAUAUGCCGAUAGAAGGAGGCCUUAACCAUAUAUUUAUUUUCGAGUUUUCUCUCUUCGCAUUGCUCUAUAUAAAGUUGGUGGAGUUUAUUAAUAUUAAGUAAAGGAGGAAUGUAUUUUUUAUAUUGAUUUUUGUUCCUAGAAUAAUGCGAUUCUUCAGAAGGAAACUGCUUGAUGUGGUUUUCAAUACAGGUAAUUACAUCUUCAGGAAUCUUUUUAGGAUUUGUGUGAUGACCCUGCUUAUGCGGCGAGGGGGCUACCUGACCAGCUUUUAGCUCUUGUUGAGCCCGAAACACUUUUUUCCUUCCAAUUCUGUACAGAGAGCAGAAGGCACUUUUGCACACCAGUACAGUUUCUUUGUCACAUGUUACUGUAUAUUUAAAAGAGUAAGAUUUGGUUUUCAAAUUUUUACGAGACCGAUGACGAUUAACUUCGUACAUUUUGAUACUUUUGAAAAUCAAGACAUUUUUGGAAUUAAUAUCCAGUUUAUAAAAUUUUUCCAAAAUUUUUUCUCUGCUUUGAAUGCUAAAUCUCUCACUACACUUCAGGCGACAACUUUCUUUACAUAGUAUUCCGUCUUUUAUUACUUUUUUUUCCACGACUUUACCAGUUUUUUGAGAUACAUAUGCUUCACCUUGUUGUCUUAACUUUGCAGCUUUGUUUCUUUUCCAUUUCUCGGGAUUCCGUGCUCUCUUUGUAGCUACUUUGAAAUCUGGUUUAACCGUCGCACUGUUUCUUAUCCCAUCAGCAGUAACAUGAAAUUUUUGUCUAUUGUUAUGCAUUUCGUCUUGUGUUCCUCCAUCAUCUUCAACUUCCAGAAUAUCUUCGUCAAGUAAUCCUAAGCUUGCAACGUUUUUUGAAUUUCCAAUGGUUUUUUUGUCUAGGUUUUCGGGCUCUUUCUCAUUUUCCUUGUCAUAAAAAAACACUUCACGUUUAAUUCUAUGAACAUUUUCAUGUUUGUGCCUAUUGGGGAAAAUAAAUGAGUCAGAAUAUCCUCCAUCACUGGAAGGUAAAUAUUCGCUGCCUGAUGUGACGCUCUCUUCAUCACAAUUUUCUAUAGACUCUGGAAAAAAUUGCAUAUAUUUAGUAGGGAGCUUCCAAUAGCUAUUUAUGUAAUCAGUUACGAAAUGCCUAAUUUUGUGUAACGCGUGAGAUUUUUGUGUGAGUUCCGCAAACAUCUCACAAGUUACACAAAAUUGCAUUUCUUAACGUAUUACAUACAAAAUUUUUUUCUAAUUUUGAAUAAGUAAUAGUAAAUAUAGAAUAUUAUUGAUAAAAAUUGUGAAAACAGAAAUCAAGUCUGUUGACAGUUGUCACUUCAUGUCAGUUUGACGUUACAUAAUAUUCCAUUUUUCGUAACCAGUUACAUAAUAUUUUACUUUGUGUAACUAGUUACACAAAGUAAGACCUUUCAUAACGUCAAUCAGUUUUAAAAAGUGUCACAUUAUAUGUCAAAAUUAGAAAAAUGUUAUUUUAUGCUUACCUGUUUCAGAGCUGCACUGCUUUUGAAGUCCGCUAGUGCUUGGUUGCCCAACACUAUUCACAUUUUGCAGAGACUUUUGUUGGGCGAUGUCUUGCAUUAUAUUGUUUUCUUCAACAAUUUUCUCUGUACUUGGACAGGAGUUCGAAUAACUUUUAUCCUCUGAAAAGUACCGAAAAACGAAUAAUAUUAAAAAUAUUCCAAAUUUACCUUUUUAGAAUAAAUUUAAUGGUAAAUGGGGAGAGCAAAAAUAAUAAUAGUAAACUAAAACACCUUAACUAGGAAGACAUAAAUUCUUAUCUGUUAUCAAUUCCAACAUUCUCUUAGUUCUGGAACUCAUGAUGAACUAUUAUUAUGUAGUUUUAAAACCUAUUCCUUCUUUAGAAAUCCCGUAUUUGGUCACAGAAACAGUAUAAAUAUUAUAAACAUAACCUUAAAAUAUCACAUAGCACCCGAACAUGUGAACAGAACUUUCCAAUAGUUUAGUGGAUAAAGGUGCUAUGUCACCAAAUUGGACAUAGCACCUUUAUCUACUAAUAUAUGGCGAAUGCAUGACUGACAUAGCACCUUUAUCAAUAAAAAUAUCACAUAUUAUUGAAAAUCUGACAAUCUAGGUUUAUUCAGGGGCUGCAUUGGGUUAUUAGAGAACCAAAUAAACCAAAACCUAAUUAUUUGAAAAAAGUGGACAUAGCACCUUUAUCAACUCAUGUCUUCAAUUACACUGUCUAACGCGCGUUCGACAACCAAGUCAUCACCUUCAGAGACUUGAAGAUAUACCAAAAUCUAAUAACUUCACUUACAUGUUUUAUACUGAAUUUUCCCACAAAUAAACCUUCUAUCGCGGAAAUUAAUUACAGCGGGAAAAUUCGGUAUAAAACAUUUAAGUCGUUAUUAGUUUUGGUUUACCUUCAAGUCUCUGAAGAUAACUUAGUUGUCGAACGCGCCUCCGACAGUGUAAUUGUAGUGUAAACUGUGUGUUCAGUAUCCAUGGUUAUUAAUUUCUUUUAAUAACUGUAGUAGGUGAGAUGUUCCAAAAAGAGUGUAACUUGUCGCCAUUUUUUGAUUCCUGUCACAUUAAUUCAUAUAUUCUUGUAAAAGGUUCAUUUUGGAAACCUUGAAAAGAAAAAGGAGACUGUUACGAAUGUUCCUACAUAUUUUAUUGGUAUUUUUGUAGAUUAAAUAAAAAUCGCGACAAGAAACUUUGUUUUUUUUGGAAAAUCGCGUUUUCGUAGGAAAAUAUUAUUGGAAAUCACGAAUUGUAAAUAUUUUCUUUGUCUUUUCAAUAUUACAAUCUCUUCCGGUCUUAAAAGAUAAAUGAUUUACAACUGGGUCUAAUUUUUCUGGUACAUUGCAAGCACAAAAAUUAUUUUACCGAAAAAAUUGCUAAUCACUUCCUCUUAGAUAGUUCUUGAGAGUAAAUUCUUCACUUCAUGUUGGGUGUGAAUAGUAAUAUUCCUAAUUGUUUUAUUAAGUUGUAACGAGUAAUUGUCAUGUCUUUCGAAAAGAAAACACGAAAAUUCCCAUAUGCCGACGUUCUUUUCAAUUGUAAGUUGAAAACUUGAUGCUAAGUGGAAGUGCUAGGCCACACAUAGACAUCGGCGAGGCCUUCUUUAUUUCCUAGUAAAGAAAAACAUAAGCCGAAUUAUAAAGAGUUUUACUAUGAUGAUGAUGUUGACAAAGAUUAUUUACAAAUAGAAAUUAAAACAUAUUAUCCAUAAAAACUAGUCUCCAAGCUUCUAAAAGUGUUAAAGAUAAGUUCACCGGUGCAGGUCUUUUUAGUCCUGGUAGAAAUCUGAUUAUGUUGUGAGACUUGAUUUUGGAGAUUUCGGAUGCUUUUUCGUACCGUUUGCGCUAUUGGGGUUCUUGUGUGAAUUUCAUUCCUUUUCAUUGGACGAACAAUCUAAUUCACUAGCUGAUCCGUGAUCACUAUAUAUUUCAAUAUCUUGUUAUUAUAGGUCGCGUGGACGUGGCUAAAUAUAAACUGAACGGUUUCUAUUUCCUCUACGUGAUCCCGAGUGUUAGUAUCUGCUCAAAAUCUCUUCCAAAUCUUCAUCAGUAAGAUAAUCGCUAGAAGAAAGCAUAGCUCUACAAUUAAUGAGAUGUAUGGUACUUAUUUUUCCUGAAAUUCUUUUUCUAAAGUGUAUAAAAUAGUUUAUACACCUUAAGAUUGCAGCGGUUUUAAUCUGUAGACAAAUUAUAGCCCCUCAUGGUCUGGCCAUAAAUUAUGUCUCAUUAUAAGUAUCAAUAUCAGGUGUAGUGUAUAAUGUAAAUAUUUAAUUGUUGUGCUAAAUAUUUAUUUAUUCUUUAGCUACCAACUUCUAAGAAGAAAUGGAGGUAAUUUUUUGAGUAAUCUGAAUAAAAUCUUAAUUAGAAACCAUUCUUCUUGAUGUCAAUGUUUUUUGGGACUAACUGGCUCUGUUUUUUUCGUUGAGAGAUAUUAUAUAGCUUAUAGUGGUUAUCAUAUGAUCGAUCCAGUACUUUCCGAAAUUAGCACAAAAAACAUUCAUAUUUAUAAAAUGAAUGUUAUCGUUUUUCAAUUCUUCUAUUGAUUAAAUUUCUUUACUUUAUUUCUAGCCAUUGUAGUUGAUUAUCGAUUAAUUUAUUUACAAUUAUAUAAACAGUUUAAUUUUUAAUUCUAUUUUUUCAUUAAUUAAAUAAAUUUAUGCCUACUUAACAAUACACGGUCAAGCCAACUACACCAAGUUUUUCUUGUGCACUAUUAAUUCUCUAUCUCAAAAAUUACUGAACCGAUUUUUAAUUAUAAAAAUGCAACUAAUAGUUUUUGUGAUGUGCGGAUAAACAUUUCGUAAAUUUGGCACAUGUUUAGAAUUUGGUAUUGAUUAUUAAAUACAAACGUUGUGCAAUCCUUUCUUUAGUACCGGUGAAAAGGUUGAAAAAUAGCAAAACAAAAUAAUUGUUGUUAAACAUUUUGAUAAGCGUAUUGUUUGAAUAAUAUCUAUUUUGAGGCUAGCGAAUUUUGUUAAAAUUUGUCAAUCUGCAAUAUUUUCAUUAAACUUUGUUCUCCGUUUAUAUUUUUGAUAAAGUUGUUUAAAUGAAUAUGGUCUUAACUCGACGCAACGUCUUUAAGGGAUCGUGUUAUGUUACUCCAAUUUCGUUUCAUCUUUUAUUUUGUAAUACGCACGUUAGAUGACAAAUGAAUUUUGUAUUUGAUAAUUUUUUCAUAAAAAAAAUAUUUUCGAAAAUAAUAUAAUAGCCAAUAAUAUAUUUUUGUUAACUACAGACUCUCUUUAAAAUUGGAAUCAAAUCAAUCGCUACUGGCUUAUUUGUUAAUUUAUUACAUAUUUUUUUUUCAAAUUGGAAUUAUUCGUUGCGAAGUUCCACUUUCGAACAGAUAUUUUUUGCAAGUAUAUGUAAGGUUUAAGUUAUUUUUAAAUUUGACACAAUCAUUUUUUUUUGGAUACAGUUACUGGCCUCGUUAUAGGGGGUCUUCCUGUAUUUUAUGUGUUUAUCAUACCUAUAAUUAAUGUACUAAAUGAAAUGUUUCAAUAAAAAAUAUAUUGGUUUAAAUUAAAA